AUGUUUCUGGGGAGGGCAGCCUCCAGAACGUGUCGCCAUUCCCAGCCGCUCCGCGUAGCGGCCAGGGCUAAAUCCACCACCACCGCCGUCGCCUCGUCCAGCUGGCAUCAAUAUGGUGUGACUGGCGGCAUCCUCGCUUCGACCUCGUCGUCGUCACGGACGGUGGUGAACCCCGCGAAGCAGAGGAGGUGGGUCAGGAUGGCCUCAACGGCGACGGCGACGAAACCAACUGAGGAAGCGUCGUCGUCGGACCAACCACCUGCGCCAGCGCACAAGUUGACGGACAACGAUGUCAAGCGCUUGACUUUCCAGCGGAACAUUGGUAUCUCUGCCCAUAUCGACUCAGGAAAGACCACGCUUUCGGAGCGGAUUCUGUUCUAUACCGGCAAGAUUCGCGAGAUCCACGAGGUUCGUGGACGCGAUGCUGUUGGCGCCAAGAUGGACAACAUGGAUCUCGAGAGGGAGAAGGGUAUUACCAUUCAGAGUGCUGCGACGUUCUGUGACUGGGAGGCUACGAAUCCUGAGGAUGGCUCGAAGCAGAAGUAUUCCAUCAACGUCAUUGAUACCCCAGGACACGUUGACUUUACCAUCGAGGUUGAACGGGCUCUUCGUGUCUUGGACGGUGCCAUCUUGGUUUUGUGUGCGGUUGCUGGUGUCCAGAGUCAAACGACUACUGUGGAUCGCCAAAUGCGUCGGUAUAACGUUCCCCGGAUUUCUUUCAUCAACAAAAUGGACAGGCCUGGUGCCAACCCAUGGCGUAUUGUGAACCAAAUUCGGACCAAGCUGCGGAUGCCGGCUGCUGCUGUUCAGGUUCCUAUCGGUACGGAAGACGAGCUCAAGGGUGUUGUCGACCUCGUUCAUUGGCGUGCGCUCUACAACGAAGGACCCAAGGGAACGGAAAUCCGUGUUUCAAAGGAUAUCCCCGAAUCGGUUGCGGAACUCGCCAAGCAGAAGCGCGCUGAACUCAUCGAACAGCUCGCCGAGGUUGACGAAGAGAUUGGUGAACUUUUCUUGAUGGACGAAACCCCUACCAACAGGCAAAUCGCCGACGCCAUUCGCCGUGCGACGAUCGACCUCAAGUUCUCUCCCGUCUUCAUGGGCUCUGCGAUGAAGAACACUGGUGUCCAGUUCCUCCUUGACGGUGUUUGCGAGUACCUCCCCAACCCAUCCGAGCGCGAGGUUUUGGCUAUCGACAACAAGAACCUGGACCCGGCUACCGCUUCCUCCCAGGCUUCGCAGACUCCUAACGUCCCCUUGGUCCCUGCCGCCGCUGCUCCCUUCGUCGGUCUCGCUUUCAAGCUUGAGGAAGGACGAUUCGGCCAGUUGACCUAUGUCAGGGUGUACCAGGGUACCCUCAAGAAGGCGAUGAACAUCUGGAACGUCCGCACUGGCAAGAAGGUCAAGGUCCCCCGUUUGGUCAGGAUGCACAGUGACGAGAUGGAGGAUAUUGAUUCGAUUGGGCCUGGUGAAAUUUGUGCGAUGUUUGGUGUCGAGUGCUCGUCGGGUGAUACCUUUACGGAUGGAACGUCGACAUACUCUAUGACGAGUAUGUUCGUGCCUGAGCCUGUUAUCUCGCUCGCUAUCAAGCCCAAGGGACAGGAAACUCCCAACUUUUCGCGAGCUCUUAACCGCUUCCAGAAGGAGGAUCCUACGUUCAGAGUUCACAUCGACCAGGAGAGCAAGGAGACCAUUAUUUCCGGUAUGGGUGAACUCCAUCUCGAGAUCUACGUCGAGCGUAUGCGCCGCGAGUACAACACCGAGUGUAUCACUGGCAAGCCCCGUGUCGCCUUCCGAGAGACCAUCACCCAGCGUGCCGAGUUCGCUUAUACCCACAAGAAGCAGACUGGUGGUGCUGGUCAAUUCGCUCGUGUUAUUGGUUAUAUCGAGCCUAUGGAGAUGGACCCCGAGACUGGCAAGGAUGUUGCUUUCGAGAACUUGGUUAUGGGUGGUAACAUUCCUACCAACUUCAUUCCUGCCGUCGAGAAGGGAUUCUACGAGGCUUUGGAGAAGGGCUCGCUCACUGGCAAUCCUAUCACUGGUGUCCGAUUCGUGUUGAAGGAUGGUGCCUUCCACGCUGUUGAUUCCUCUGAAUUGGCCUUCAGGCUUGCUACGAUUGGUGCAUUCAGGGAAGCGUUCAAGAAGGCUCGGGGUAUCGUCCUUGAGCCUGUUAUGACUGUCGACGUCGUUGCGCCAUCUGAAUUCCAGAGCAAUGUCAUCGGUGGAUUGAACACUCGCCGUGGAACUAUUGUGGACAGCGAAGUCCGUGAUGACGAGUUUACGGCUGUCGCUGAGGUUGCUUUGAACGACAUGUUCGGUUAUUCGAACCAGCUUCGUGGAUCUACCCAGGGCAAGGGAGAGUUUAGCAUGGAAUACAAGCAUCAUGCACCAGUACUCCCCAAUGUUCAGAAGGAACUCGAGGAGGCGUACCAGAAGACUCUUCCCCAGAGCAAAAAGUAA